AUGGAUAUGAGAAUGAAGAAAUCGGUUUCCAAAAAGAAGAGAAAUAGAUUCUUGAUUAUUAUUAAUGUAUUUGGGAGUGCAGGGCCAAUAAGAUUUGUUGUGAAUGAAGAUGAGAAUGCUGCAGCAGUGGUUGAGACUGCUUUAAAAAUAUAUGCUCGCGAGGGACGCUUGCCAAUUCUUGGUUCUGAUGUCAGUAGUUUCUUUCUCUACCCUGCCAAUGCUGGAUUGGACGCUCUUUAUCCAACGGAGUCGAUAGGAUCGAGCGGAGUAAGGAACUUUGUUUUGUGCAAGAAGCAAAUCAACCCACAAAUGAGUGAAGCAAGGUCGAAGGUUGCUGCUCAAAAGAGAGGAAGAUGGCGUGCCUGGCUCGAGAAAUCCUUUCAUCCUGUGUGGCUUAAAAAUUUCAAGAAACUUCAUGCCAAAAUCGAUUAUUAA